CGUCAUUUAUAGCGCAACCGUCCAGAGGCAGCUUAAGCAACAUUUUCAAGCUGAUUAAAUCACAUACUACAGCCCGGUACACAGCUGUUUUCUGCAAAGUUCCUGCUCGAGCUGAAGUUUAAGUUUCGACCCCUUUGGUGCGCCAUAGUUUUCUGUGUGUGACAAUAUUAGAUUAUAUCAUUAUCAAUACAUAAUGACUUCAACAUUCGAUAGUGCUACCCACGAAUAAGAUGACACAUGGGAUAAAAUAAGUUAUACUGGAUUUGGCUUACUUUAUGUCAGUUUGCAAUGCAUCAAGAAGUAGGACAACCGACGUGCCGACGGAACGGGACGACGUCGUCAGACAGCGGGUGCGUAAACACUAACAAUACAAAUGGCUGUCGCGCGGUCACAAAUGACUUGAAGGCGCUAAAAUCAAAUGGAGAAGACAAAGUGGAAACUGUUGUGAAAUUGAAGAAACAGAUUAGCCUGUUGCAAUCUGUGGCAAUUAUAGUCGGAAUAAUAAUUGGAUCUGGGAUUUUUGUGUCUCCCGUCGGUAUACUGACUAAUGUAAAAUCCGUCGGCAUGUCGUGUGUAAUGUGGGCUGUGUGCGGACUGUUUUCCGGCCUGUGCGCGCUCUGUUACGCCGAGCUGGGAGCUAGCAUACCGCAAUCAGGCGGCGAAUACAUUUACAUAAAACGCGCCUUCGGGGACUUCCCAGGGUUUUUGUGUCUAUGGAUAAAUUUCAUUAUUAUCUGCCCCGUCGGCAUCGCCGCGUCUUCGUUGAUUUUUGCGACAUAUGUCCUCAAGCCGCUGUUUCCGGACUGCGAGCCGCCGGCGUCGGCACUUAGACUUCUUGCGGCUUUGAUAGUCACCCUCCUGGUCAGUUUAAACUGUGUCAACGUGAACUGGUCAGCCAAGUUCCAAGUGGUGAUCACCUCCUGUAAACUGUGCGCGCUCUUCAUGAUCAUUAUCAUCGGCUUUAUAUGGAUCGGUAAAGGUGACGUGGACAAUUUCAAAGACUCGUUCACGGACAGCGACUUCAGCGCCGGCUCCAUCGCCAUAGCGUUCUAUUCUGGCUUCUGGGCGUUCGGAGGAUGGAGCUACCUGAAUUUCCUGACGGAGGAGCUUAUAGAGCCACACAAGAAUCUCCCACGUGCUAUAGUGAUUUCGAUCACCAUAGUGACGGUCGUGUAUCUGGUUGCCAAUAUCGCUUACUUCGCCGUCCUCACGCCGUCGGAAAUGCUGGCGUCGUCGGCGGUCGCGGUGACGUUCUCGGACCAGACUUUCCCGCUUUUGUCCUCGGUAACACCCGUCCUGAUAGCGGUGUCGGUGAUGGGGUCGAUCAACGGCAACUCCCUCUCCAUGUCCAGACUGUUCAUGACCGGAGCUGAACAGAAUCAUCUUCCCGGAAUCAUCUCCAUGAUCCACGUCAAGCAACUCACACCAGCACCAUCGCUCGUAGUCAUUAUGGCGCUGACCCUACUGAUGCAGAGUUUCGAGGAGAUCUUCUACCUGAUAGAGCUCAUGGGCUUCGGCUUCUCCGUCGUGCUCACGUGCGUGUUCGCGGGUCAGAUCUACCUGAGGUACCGGGAACCAGAGCUUGCCAGGCCGAUAAAGCUACCGAUCGCCUUACCCGUGUGUCUACUCGGCGCCAGUCUAGUUAUCCUCGCACUCACCGUGUAUCAGAAGCCAAACGAGAGUCUGCUGGGAAUUCUCUUCAUUGCCACCGGGGCUCCAGUCUAUGUGGUGUUCGUUUACUGGGAGAACAAACCACAGCUCGUGCAGCGAAAAAUCAGAAGCUUCAUGGUGCUGUUGCAGAAGAUGCUGUUCGUCUGUCCGUCCGAUGCGAAACCUGUUCAACUAUAGACUAAGAAUUCAUGUAGUUCCUUGCUGUGCUGAUAUGUUAUCUUUAAAUUAAAUUAUUU